UCCCCGGAGCGGGCCAUGCCCCCGCGGGAGCUGAGCGAGGCCGAGUCGUCCCCGCUCCGGGCCCCGACCCCUCCCCCACGGCGGGGCAGCGCGUCCCCGGAGCUGGGCAUCAAGUGCGUGCUGGUGGGCGACGGCGCCGUGGGCAAGAGCAGCCUCAUCGUCAGCUACACCUGCAAUGGGUACCCCGCGCGCUACCGGCCCACAGCGCUGGACACCUUCUCUGUGCAAGUCCUGGUGGAUGGAGCCCCGGUACGCAUUGAGCUCUGGGACACAGCGGGACAGGAAGAUUUUGACCGCCUUCGCUCCCUUUGCUACCCGGAUACUGAUGUCUUCCUGGCCUGCUUCAGCGUAGUGCAGCCCAGCUCUUUCCAGAACAUCACAGAGAAAUGGCUGCCGGAGAUCCGCACUCACAACCCCCAAGCUCCUGUGCUGCUGGUAGGCACCCAGGCCGACCUGAGGGACGAUGUCAAUGUAUUGAUUCAGCUGGACCAGGGGGGCCGGGAGGGCCCAGUGCCCCAACCCCAGGCUCAGGGUCUAGCGGAGAAGAUCCGGGCCUCCUGCUACCUUGAGUGCUCUGCCUUGACGCAGAAGAACUUGAAGGAGGUGUUUGACUCAGCUAUUCUCAGUGCCAUUGAACACAAAGCCCGGCUGGAGAAGAAAUUGAACGCCAAAGGUGUGCGAACCCUCUCUCGCUGCCGAUGGAAGAAGUUCUUCUGCUUUGUUUGAACAGCCACAGCAGCUAGGGAGUAAUAGGCAUAAGACCACAGACUUCUGGAAACUGGGGUACUGGGGCCUUUGAGGGGGAUACUGGCAGGGCCAGGCCACCUCAUGGGACUUAGUUCCACCUGAACACUGUGAGGACACAGGCCUCUAAUUGCCCACUGUAAUAUGCAAGGGUGGGCCCAGGGCCUGGAGGAGGCAAGGCUCUGAGUUGGAUUUCUGUGGUCAAAGAUCACAGAGAAAUCCCAGCACUUUGAUUUUCGUGGGGUGGUCCUAGCAGUGUCAUCCACCGCUAAGCAGUUUGGGAUCCAGUUCCCAGUUUCUUACCAGGAGACCUCAGGUCAGCCUGGCUGAAUUAGGACCCCUUGUGGUGGUCCCCACCCCUUCCUUGGCACAGGGGUGAGGAAGAGCCUGGCAAGAGCAGGAGAGUGGAGAACUUAGAGAGCCGUUUGGGAUGGACUGGAUAAGACGGAGGUCAAUGAGAGAUUGAAAGGGAGCAGAAAGUGAGGCCUUGGAGCCUUGGGGCUGGAGGGAGGCUGGUGAGGAGGCAGGUCAGAGGGCUAAGCUUGGAAGGAGGAAGAGCAAGGAGAGCAGAGAAGUGGGGCAGCUGAGGAGCAAGGCUGACACCUGGGCUGCCCUCAGGCCUCAGGGCCACGGUGGGCGGGGCUGGUCCCUGGGAAGAACUGGGACUCAGGGCUCCCUAGGCACUGCCCAAACUGGCUGGGCCAGGAGCAGGGCAGGAAGUGAGAGGCAGGGCCCAGCAAGAAGAGGGGGAGGAGCUGCAAACUAGAGCCUGAAGGAAGAAGGGGCUGGGGUCGCCCCUUUCUCCAAGGCCACAGCCUAGAAGGUAGAGAGCAGUACAGAGUCUGCAAAUAAAGCCUUAAGUUUCUGAAGCUGCUGUCUCUGUGUCAUUUCCUGGAGCUGUCUGCCCAUUGCUCUCUCAGAGUCCUCUUCAGGACCCAAUAGCCAGGAUAGAUAGGUUGGGUACUGAAGGACUGAGGCUAGACUGAGAGGUGGGGCUGCACUAGAUGAGACAGUGUGAUGGGAACUGGACUGGGGGGGGGACAGGUCUGGGGCUCCCCACUUGGAGCUUAGCUGGUUCCCAGGAGAGCUAGCGUGGGAAGCAGCCUAGGAACGGGUUUCCCCAGGUGUCAGCGCCAGAGCUGCUUUCCCAUGACCUCACCAGGCGGGUAGUGCCCCUCCCCUCUCCCCCUCCUUUCUAGAGCACCUCGCUCAUCACUGGGGCUCUGGGCAGUGCUAGGCCCUCUAACCUUCCUGCUCUGAUCCUUCUAACUGUCCACAGGGUCUCGGGGUAGGGGGCCACUUGGCUCAGAGCCUGAGAAUGACAUAACUCCAUACAGCCUAAACCUCAACCACUGGCCAAACUUCUGGGUCAAG